GGCCGGGAGCUGUCCGUCGACGACUUUAAGCUGAAGAAGGUCCUCGGCAAGGGCAGCUUCGGCAAGGUCAUGCUCGUGACGCUCAAAACCGACCCGGACGGCAAGCUCCUGGCCAUGAAGACGCUGCGGAAGGCGGCGCUCAUCAAGCGGAACCAGCUCGCGCACACGGCGACGGAGCGGCACGUGCUCCAGCACCUGGACCACCCGUUCCUCGUGCACCUGCUCUACGCGUUCCAGACGGCGGACAAGCUCUACAUGGUCCUCGAGUACAUGGGCGGCGGCGAGCUCUUCCACUGGCUCAAGGAGCACCGGCGGUUCUCGGAGCCGCGCGCGAGGCUGUACACCGCGGAGAUCGGCCUCGGCCUCGGCGCGCUCCACGACCUCGACAUCGUGUACCGCGACCUGAAGCCGGAGAAUCUGCUGAUCGACACGGAGGGCCACAUCCGCAUCACGGACUUUGGGCUCAGCAAGGACAACGUCACGGGCGCGGGCGCCGAGGGCGGCACGAAGACGUUCUGCGGCACGCCCGAGUACCUCGCGCCGGAGAUUUUGGAGAACCGGGGCCACGGCAAGGCCGUGGACUGGUGGUCCUUCGGCACGCUCCUCUACGAGAUGAUGUGCGGCCUGCCGCCGUUCUACGACACGAACGUGCAGCGCAUGUACAACAAGAUCCUCAUCGCGCCGCUCAAGUUCCCGUCCUACAUCUCCAAGGACGCCAAGGCCGUGCUCAUGGCGUUGCUCCAGCGCGCCGUGGACCAGCGCCUCGGCUCCGCGAAGGACUUCUCGGAGAUCGCCGCGCACGACUUCUACGCGAGCCUCGACAUGGACAAGGUCUACAAGAAGCAGAUCAAGCCCGAGUUCGUGCCCCAGAUCAAGGGCGCCGACACGGCGGCCCACUUCGACAAGGAGUUCACGAGCGAGAAGGCCUGCGACUCCGUCGUCACGUCCAAGCUCUCCGACGAGCAGGCCGCGCAGGCCAACUUCGAGGGCUUCUCCUACGCCGGCGAGUCGAAGAACUAG